AUGGCGCCCCCAGAUCCAACCCCUGAGAGUCUGAGUGGAGACGCAAUGCUCCAGAACUCUUCGAACUUUUCUGCCUCCGAGUCCGCCGUCCGCCGCACUCUGGUUGAGACAUGGCACCACGUCGUCGAGUACGCCGACGAAUCGAAGGAGCCCGUCUUCCUCAGCUACGAGCUGUCUAGCUAUGGGGUCUCCCGAAAGAGCUCCAUUGAUGACGAGACCCGCUCCCACGUGAAGACCCUCCUCUCUCUCCGCCAAGUCGAGCACUUCCUGGGUGACAUGGCAGACGGCGUCCUCCUCAACGGCCGCCCGUACUUCUUCGCCGACCUCAAUCAGCUGGCCUGGUUCUACGCCGACUGCCUUUGGGACAUCAACAUGCGCGCCGUGUACUACUCCACCUCGACCGCCACCGCGAACGACAAGGCUCCCGAGGAGAUAUGGGCCAUGAUUGAGGCCGCCGCCCCUCAUUCUCUCACACUUCUCCCCAUCUAUCAACCCCUCGACACACUCUUUGGCCGCGCUCUGCUGGGGCUGAAGGUGGGUGGCGAGUACGUGGUGCGCUACCACAUGGAGGAGAACCUGGAGAUCUUGGGCGUGAGCGACCGGGAGAAGGCUUUUGCCCCCGUUAUGAACAAGCGAUUCGAGCAGCUUCGGUGCGAGAAGCUGGGGCUAGGUGGCGGUUUGGUUUCGUGGCGUGGAAUGGGUCUCUCUGACACCCCAGUUUAG